ACCGCCGUCGCGGUUGCACGUCAAAAUGGAUCACGAAGUAUUAGAUAAAACUACAUCUUCAUCAUUAAUUCUUCCAAAAGAUGACAAUCAAAUAGUGAUAAUAUCUCCUAGUAAUGGAAAAAUAUUAAUUCGUGAGGACACUGUGCUACAAGGGUGCGUGGGCUGUGGAAGAGCCCAAUUUACAUGUACGGGUAUCAAAAAGCAAUGGUCUGUUUUGUGUUGGGGCCAGCAGAUAGACAGGAGAUAUUAUUUAUUUUUAACACUUCUUUCGGCAACAUUUGCACUUAGCCUUAUAGGAGCCAUAAUCUUCUGUUGUACAAACACAAUCAAUGAUGCUAUUUUAUCUAAUAUGGCGAUCCGAAACAACUCGAUCGCAUUCUCCAUGUGGCGCAGACCGACGGUGCGGCCUAUAAUGAAAGUGCAUCUAUUCAAUUACACCAACUGGGAGGACGUACGAGAUGGUAAAGCUAGUAAACUUAAACUUCAGGAUAUUGGGCCGUAUGUGUAUUCCCAGCAGUUAGAACGGGUGAACAUAAAAUUCGAAGGAGACAAACUUACAUAUCAGGAGAGGAACAAUUUUCAAUAUAUGCCAGAAAUGAGCGCUGGACCACAUUUCGACCAAGUGUUUGUUCCUAAUCUACCUUUAAUCGGUGUUAUUUCCAAAUCGCUGAAUCUGCCAAAUUUCAUUAAAUUCUCAUUACUAAGCGCAUUGCAGUUCACGAACCAUCAUGACGCAUUCCUCAAGUUACCGGUUCAUAGGUUCCUAUGGGGUUACGAUGACGACAUAAUUAACAGAGCUAAACCGUUUUUGAGUUUGAAUGGAAAACUUCGUUUUGACAACUUUGGGCUUCUUGUUACGAAAAACGGCACCGUUCCUGACAGACUGACAAUAAAUACUGGUGAAAAUGACAAGGACAAGAUAAACAUUUUGGAAAAAUACAAUGGCGAUACAAUAUUACCCUAUUGGAGUAGCACUGAGUGCAACAGUAUUGAAGGCUCUGACGGGACAAUAUUCCCCCCCUCGAUGUUGGAUAAGAACAGAACAAUUUAUAUAUUUUACGGAAACUUGUGUCGGCGACUGCCUUUUAACUACGUGAAGAAUGUAGAUAUUGGCGAUGGAAUUGAAUUACUCCGUUACUCAAUGCCUAGAACAGUCUUCGAUGAUCCUGCUCAUUAUUCACCGAAUCAAUGUUAUUGUAACAUUGAUACCGCUACCUGUCCGCCGCGAGGAGUCAUUGAUAUUACCAGCUGUACUAUGGGUGCGCCAUUGGUAGCGUCCUUCCCUCACUUCUACCUCGGAGACCCCAAACUCCGUGAGCCGUUUGAAGGAUUGGAGCCUAAUCCUGAACUCCACGAUUCGUACCUUGAUAUUCACCCAACUCUAGGAAUUUCGCUUAGUGGACAAUCGAGUUUGCAACUCAACAUAAUUGUACGAAAAUCAUCUAUACUCGGUACACUAAACUUUUUGGAGGAUAAAAUGAUUCUGCCAAUUGCAUGGAUUCAAAUGACAGUCGAAGAACUCCCUGAAAGCCUGCGAACGCUAGUGUACCACGGAACUUUUUCAACGGCGGCGGCUCAACUGGGAUUAACUGUAUUUUUCAUACUAACGUUGAUUAUUUCUGGUCUAUGCAUAUUCAUCAUGUUGGUAACUCGAAGAAAAAAACCAUGCGCGACAGUGAAAAUUAUACCAAAUGAGGAGGUUAAACUUAGCUGAUAAUGCAUUUAUUUUGGGCUAGUGUUUUGCAUUACAUAUAGGUCAGGCAGAAUGAUAUUGUCUGGGGAGUUUGCCUUAUAUUUAAACAUAGGUAUUGUAUGACAAUUUAAUUCCAUGUGCCAUUUCAAUAUUUAAUGUCGUAAUUGGUCUAAAUCCUUUCCCAUUGACGUAUACAUUUGAUUUUUGAUCUACAAAUUCAAUAGCAUUUGUUGCAUAAAAUUAUAUUUACUAGGUAUAUUAAACUGGCUGUGCCAGUUUUACUUAUACAUGCUUGGCACGAUACUACUUAGAAUAAAAUAAAUUUAAGUCCAUAUAAAUAAGACAGACAUUCCAUAAGUAACUUUAAUAUUUUCGUAAGAUGCUUAGAUUUAAAAAAAUCCGUGCUAACUCUAUUUGGAGAUCAAAAUCUCUUUCAAAUAAAACCUUGUUAUGUAAUAUUAUAUAGAUUUAAAAGUUUAUAAUAUAUUAUUUAAAAAAAAUGAACUGUUAUUGUAAUAUAUACGUUUUUAUUUUGAAUCGUGUGAAUUACACCACGUUAAAAUUACCAACACAAUAUUAACGUAAACUACGUUUAACAAAUAGGUACUUAGGGUCUGUUUCACAAUGUCCGGAUAAGUUCCAAAUAAGCUAUUUAUUAAUUAUUGGUAGGAUAAACACUAUUGUUGCAUUACACGACUGUCAGGUAGCGCGAAAUUUCUUAGGAACUCGUAUCUUCCGAAUAAUAUGUGUUGCAUAGCUAUUUGGUACUUUAUCCAUACAUUGUGAAACAGGCCCUUAAUCAUUUAACGGUUUUAGGUACGCGCUACAUUAAGUUUUAAUCUUAAUUACAGAUUACAGAACACGGUAAAAUUCUCAUGUUGCAUUUAAUAAAAUAAGAAUUAUUUGUUAUGCGAAAAUUUAUAUGAACAUUUUCAUAUUAAUAUAUAUUCGUUUUAACUUGUAAGCUUGUUAUCUGUUCUUUUCUUGAAUGUAAUUUUGUUAAUAAGUUUAUUUCUUUCACUAAGUUAUUGGAAUAAUUAUGUCAAUUAAAGUUUUCUUAUUGUAUGUAUUAAAGAGAUAUUUCGAUUAUAUGAAAUAAAACACACAAAUCACUUUAAAGGUAUAUUCUUAUACACUCUCCUGUACUGGAGGUUCGUAUCCUUCAGGGCGCUCGCCUUUCUCUCCGACUUCACCGCGCUUGCCGCCGCCACCUAAAUUAAAAAAAAAUCAUUAAACCUUAUUCCCUGUGCAAGACUCAUAAAAAUUAUUAAUAAUCUAAUCAGCAGUAAAAUCAAAAGGGAACAAAAGUUUUCAUCAGUUUUGUUGUCAUUGCGAGCUAGGUGGAUCAUCAUUUCAAUUUUGAUAUUUAAUAUCUAAUUUAAGAUUGUAAAAAUCUAACCUUCUCCAUGCAAUUCCAUGAGUUUUGCGAUUUCGAAACGCGGCCUCUUCAGUACUUUUA